AUGCCGCGAAGUCUCAUGUCCAGCGAGGAGGAGAUGGCUCAGAGUUUCUCUGACUCAAGCAGCUCGGAGUCGGACAGUUUGAGAGAUGAGCGGCCGUGUGUGGAACGACCGAGUAGCAGUCGCAGUGACUCCUUUCUCAUCUGCGUCGUUAUUCCUGAUCUGCAGCAGUCUAGAUCCAUGAGGUUAAAGGCUGACUGUACAGUCUGGGCAGCCAAACAGCAGAUCCUCUGCACACUAACGCAGAGCCUGAGAGACGUGUUAAACUAUGGCCUCUUUCAGCCGGCUGUGGAUGGGAGAGAGAGUGCCUUCCUCGAGGAGGAGAAACUACUGCGAGAUCACUUAUUCCCCACCAGCAAGGACGUCCCCACCCUCGAGUUUCGCUACAAGAGCCGAGUGUACCAGCAUGCCAACGUGAAUGAAAAGCAGAUUGAAAAGCUUCAUACGCAGGCCAACCUGAAGAAGUUUCUAGAAUACAUUCAGCAUCACCAGGUGGAUAAAGUGACAAAUCUGCUUGAACGAGGUCUCGACCCCAACUACCAUGACUCAGACACCGGAGAGACUCCUUUGACACUGGCUGCCCAUCUGGACAACAUGGUGGAGAUGAUAACAGUGCUGAACAGCGGAGGAGCUCAUUUAGAUUUCCGCUCUCGGGACGGCAUGACUGCGCUCCAUAAAGCUGUCCGAGCCAAGAACCAGAUCACUCUUAAGGCCAUGUUGGAAUUGGGAGCGUCUCCGGAUUAUAAGGAUGGUCAGGGUCUGACUCCGCUCUACCACACCGUGACUGUAGGGGGCGACCCAAGCUGCUGUGAGAUGUUACUACGCGCUCAAGCCACUUUGACCUGCCACGAUGAGAACGGCUGGCAUGAAAUCCACCAGGCUUGUCGAUACGGUCAUGUCCAGCACUUGGAGCAUCUCCUAUUUUACGGAGCUGACAUGCGUGUCCAGAAUGCCUCUGGGAACACCGCACUCCAUAUCUGUGCCCUCUACAAACAGGAGAAUUGUGCCAGAGUUUUGUUGCUUCGCGGAGCCAGCAAGGAGGUGAAGAACUACCGUGGGCAAACUCCUUUCCAGGUGGCCAUCAUUGCAGGGAACUUUGAGCUGGCAGAGUACAUAAAGAACCACAAAGACGAUAGCAUUGUGCCUUUCCGAGAGGCUCCGGCAGCGGUCGUGAGUUCAGGCAGGAGCAGGCCUCAGCAGGGUCAGACUGGCCGGAGCACUCUGGCCGCACCUCGCGUGCUCCUGCGUUCCAACAGUGACAACAACCUGAACGUUAACAAGCUCUCGGCGCCGCACACGCCCUCGCGCUCGCCCUCGCCCUCACGCUCACCGUCGCCUUCGCCCCUGCGCAGCCUGUCACCCCGCAGGCCCCAGCAGAUGCAGAACAGCUCCAAUGGCACGGUAAAGAGCAUGGGCCGGGGGGCCAGGCACCCCCCGCGCAGCCGCUCGCCCUCGCUGGGCCGCCUGGGGGACGGCGACGCCCGCAGACACCCGCCCCAGCGCCACAGCAGUCCUCGUCCCGGUCGUGAUGGUUUCUCUGGGGCAGAGACUCCAGGGUCCAAGCGCCGGAUGUACAGCGCUGUGCCUGGGAGACAUUACGUGGUGGUAAAGUCUUAUCAACCCCAGGCUGAGGGAGAAAUCACCCUGUUCAAGAACGACAGAGUCAAAGUUCUUAGUGUUGGUGAAGGGGGAUUCUGGGAGGGCAGCGCACGAGGUAAUGUCGGAUGGUUUCCCUCUGAAUGUGUGGAGGAAAUCCCCAACAAGCCUAACGAGGACCGACCCUAUGCCCGAGCAGACCGAUCUGAGAGGCGGAAGCUCUUUCGACACUACACAGUGGGAUCAUAUGACAGCUUUGAUGCAUCAAGUGACUGCGUCAUCGACGAGAAGACUGUGGUCCUGCAGAAGAAGGAUAACGAGGGCUUCGGCUUCGUGCUGAGAGGGGCAAAAGCUGACACCCCAAUCGAGGAGUUCACCCCGACCCCAGCCUUCCCCGCCCUGCAGUACCUGGAGUCUGUGGAUGAGGGCGGGGUAGCAUGGCAGGCCGGAUUGCGCACCGGAGACUUCCUUAUCGAGGUUAACAAGGACAAUGUGGUGAAGGUGGGCCACAAACAGGUGGUUAAUAUGAUCCGUCACGGGGGAAAUCAUCUCAUCAUCAAAGUCGUGACUGUCAGCAGAAAUCUCGACCCUGAUGAUACGGCUCGAAAAAAAGCCCCAGCCCCUCCAAGGAGAGCUCCAUCCACUGCGCUUUCCACACGCUCCAAAUCCAUGACCUCAGAACUGGAGGAUUUGGUGGAUAAAGCUACUUUGAGGAAAAAGAAGGUUGAUGAUCAGCUUUCAGAUAUUGUGGCUCAGAAGAAGAGGAUUGUUUUUCACGUCACCCUAAAUAAAGUGGAGGAGGUUGUCCCUCCCCAGAAACCCGUGUGGGACAACGCGAAUGUGGACGUGAGGGUGGCAGCUGUAAAACCGCGCCCCACAAGCAGGUGCUUCGCUGUGGCCCCGGAAAUGAAUUCACUGUGCAACAGCCAGGACAUAUCAGUGGAUUCCCCACCGGUAACAGUAACUCCGAAAGGCCCAUACUUGGGUGUGCCAAAAGGAACCAUCCGCCGACAGACAUCGAUAGGGGUAACUGAAGAAGAAAAGCAGUUCCUCACUCCUCCCAUGUUAAAAUUUACAAGAAGCCUGUCAAUGCCUGACACAUCGGAGGACAUUCCCCCACCACCGGCUAUUUCCCCUCCAUCUCCUCCCCACAACAAUGCUCCCACAUCUGCUGGACAUGGUUAUGGCACAAUCCGACCAGGCUUCACCUCUCAAAAUCCUACUGUGAACAGCGCUCCUUCAGACAGAGGAGACUCAAGCCUUGGUUCAGGUUGGAGAGAGCAAGGCAUGCAUUAUAGAGAAAACUCUGAACAGUACAAUGUAGAGGCCUACAGCAACAGUCCAACUGCUCAGCAGAGCCUUCAUAAGCGCCGAGCCCAGAUUCCAGAGAACCCAUACUCGGAUGUUGGCAAAAUGGCUAAUGCUGCACUGUUUGUCCCAAACAAGCCUGCACGUAGAAAGGGCAUGCUUGUGAAACAGUCCAAUGUAGAGGACAGCCCAGAGAAAACCUGCUCCAUCCCCAUACCCACGAUCAUCAUCAAAGAGCCCUCCACCAGCAGCAGUGGAAAGAGCAGCCAGGGCAGCAGUAUGGAGAUUGAGACGACUACGCCUGACCACCCAGGCCAACUCCGGCCAGAGGAUGGCCUCGAUACAGGAAGCCCUUUUGCAACUGCCAUGGCUCCCAGCACAGCCAGGGAAAAACGGUUGGCAGUUCACAGAAAUUCCCCGUCUUUCAGAUCCACAGAUGCUGGUGAUGAGGAUGUGGCUCCCACUCCUACCCCUCGUCUGCGACACUCAAAGUCCAUUGAUGAGGGCAUGUUUAGCAGUGAUGAGCGUCUGCGCCGGCUCAUGGCUCCCCCUUCAUCCCUGCUCAGCAUCCCUCGAGGAGGGGGCAAUGUGACAGACUUCAACAGCCCAGAACCCACCAUGGUGCGGGAGUUACUCAACACUAGAACAGGUCACAGUCCUAUCAGCCUGCCAGCUCACAAGACCUACAGCUCAGGGAGCGGGAAUUAUGUUCACCCUGUCACCGGAAAACCACUAGACCCCAAUUCUCCAUUAGCCUUAGCAUUAGCUGCCAGAGACCGGGCCAUGAGGGAGCAGUCUCAGCCUUUGCCACUUAAGAGUGACCCAUCCAAACUGGACCUCAACAAGCCACUUUUCAUCGACACAAAACUUCGGUCCAAUGUUGAAGUGAGUUUCUCCAGCACUGCCACCAUGGGCAGGCCACGGGGAGGCCUGCGGAGACAGAUGACGGAGUCAAAGUAUGAGACAGAGUCCAAGUUCCAACUGGACCUGGGCAAGGCUGAGAAGAGGGCAGAGGAGAAGAAGAACAUGCUGAUUGACAUUGUAGACACAUCCCAACAGAAAUCAGCAGGGCUACUAAUGGUUCACACCACAGAUGGGGCCAAAACUGAGGAGAACAGCCUGUCGGAAGGCGAGAGAGAUGAGGAUGUUUGUCCUGACAGCACACCUGGGGAGCUUCGUGAUCCCAACCAGCCAGCUCCUGCAAAGCCUGCAACACCAAAGCCUCUCUCUUUGCCACCAAAAACCAUGAUCUCUGUCAGCUCUGUAGAUGAGCCUGUCAAACUCCCCUUUGGUAUCCCUCCACCGCCUCUGGCCUCUGUUGACAUUGAUGAGGAGUUUGUGUUUGCCGAACCCCUGCCUCCACCAUUAGAGUUUGCCAAUAGUUUUGACAUCCCGGAAGACCAAUCAGGGGCACUCAGUGAACUACUGAAACAGAAAUCCAAUGGAAUGAGUGGACCAACACUUUCUCCCUAUUACUCCCAUUUAACCACAAGCAACUCAAGAGAUCAAGAAAUCAAGAGACCAACAGUUCUUACUAACUGCACACCUCCCAGCUUUCCUACAGGACCUCUGGAACCCUAUGAGCCCAUUAUUGACUCAGGCAUUGAAGUGGACAGCCGGAGCAGUGGAGACCCCCAACUGGAAACCACGAGUACGGUCUCCACUGUAUCCAGCAUCUCCACUUUAUCCUCAGAAGGAGGAGAGACCCUGGACACUUGCAUGGUCUAUGCAGACGGUCAGGCCUUUCUGGUGGACAGGGCGCAGGUCCUGCCCAAGCCCAAAGCCAAGUACGCCGUCAACAAGAGCAACGCACUUUACAAGGACGCCUUAAAUGAGGAGACCAUAAGCUCUUUCAGGGUGCCCUCCUCGAUCCCCCCACCACCCCUGGGAACUGCCCCACCAGAGCCUCUAAAAACCCCAACACAAAGAACCUCAAAGCUUUGGGGGGAACCUCUGGAUCUGAAAAACCCCCAUGGACCAGAGACAAAACCCCAAGGCUUGACUGAAAUAAACUCUGUUCUGCAACAUGUCAGCAAAGACAAACCACCAAAGCCAGGGGAAGCACUAGACUCUCCCCCAGGAUGUAGAACUCACUUUGGAUUGAGAAAUCAGGACGGUGUGUCCCUCAUCUCAGGAACCCAGCCGAACCCCAGCAUGUCCUUCACCAAUCAGCCCGGCCCGAACGUGCCUGCGCCGUCGCCAUGCCGACAGGCUGAGAGCUUGCAUCACCAUCGUCAUCCCUCGAGCCCAGGCAUCACAUCUCCUCCUCCAAUUCUGAGCUGCUCCUCAUCAUCCUCCUCUCUACCCGCGGUGAGCACCACGUCCUCUGUACAGGGCCGAAGUCGCUCACCUUCACCACUCUCGUUCCUCCAGGCCGCCUCUGGCAAACCAUUCGCCUCCAAGGCGGUUCUUUCGUGGACCAAACAGGACGUGGCUGACUGGCUGGAAAGCCUCAACCUGGCAGAGCACAGAGACGCCUUCCUGGAGAACGACAUAGAGGGCACACACCUGCCCAGCCUGCAGAAACAGGACCUAAUUGACCUGGGAGUGACGCGCGUCGGUCAUCGCAUGAACAUCGAGCGUGCCCUCAAGCUGCUGCUUGACAGAUGAGACUGGGACAGCACAAGCUUUCUUUUGUUCUUGAGCUUCAUUUGUUCCUCGCUCAUUUUUGGGGUUUUUUGCUUAUUUUAAUACCUUGGUUUCCCCACUACCCUCGUCAGCUGGAAAAGAUUUCUAGGGAGCACUCAUGUCCUGAAGAAAAGGUUCUGACAAGGUGUUAAAGAUGUGCGCAAAGCAUAAAGCUCUUUGUACAUGAAAGUUCCAGCCGGUGACGGGCCGCGACAAGCCAAACACGCUGUACAGUCCACACACACACUAGCGCUCAUUGCUGUUUUUGGGUUUUAUGGACUCAGGCCUCGUGUGAAUGAACUGAAGAACCAGCAGAGCUGGCCUUCCAUUUUCUAUCUUUGCUAAGACAAUUAUCCAGAGAAUAUUUCUUCAGCAAAAAGGGAAGGAUCAUCUGUGUAUUGUCUGAAAAAGUCAUGCUUUUUUUUUCUUCUUUCUUCUACAUAUUUGACCAGGAUAUACAUGGAUUUUUAAGAUGAGCGCAUUUGGUGUCAUACUGUCCCUCAGUUCACAUGUUCACGACCCUAGCAUCUUCACCAGAAGCAUGAAGGGUCACUUCUCUCUCUGUGUGUGCGCAUGUGUGUGUGUGUGUGUGUGUUGGCAUGAUGGUUUUCCAUCUUUUUGUCUUUGAUUGCAGUAAAGCAUAAGGUAUUUGUCUGAAUGGGUCAAAAUCACUCAAGUCUUUCUGAAGUAUAAUAUCUACUGAUAUUGCGUGUCUUCCACAUUGUGAGGUUUGACUGCUUUCCUGCCAUUUGGUUUAGUUCCUGAAGUCCUACUAGACUAGACUGCUAUUUCCGCCACUAUUUUUAUACCAUCUUCCAGCUGUUUUUCUUAUGUUGCCAAUUUCAACGACUGACGAGUACUUGAUUAAAAUGGAUUAGGAGAGCAGAGAUGUUUAUAUAAGGUUUAGAGUAUUAUGCUUGAACAAUUUGAAGAGAUGCCUUUAGAGAAACACCCUUGAUAUUUCAGCUAUUUCAGCACACAGCUGUUAGAUAUGACUGUACACUUGAUCCAAUGACCAGAAUGUGUCUGUCUACUGCAGGCAACACUGUCGUACGUAUACUGUCUCAAACUGCAAAGCAGGAAUAGAUAUUUUAUAGUUGCUUUGUGAUUUGAAUGCAAGAGAGUGAGUCUUUUUUUUUUUUUUCCAAUAUGUUGCUUUAGGCAAAUCUGUAACUGCACUGAAACAUGUUUUUUUUUUGUUUGUUUGUUUUUUUCCCUUUCCAGUUGUACGGUUUACAGAUUACUCAUCCCUGCAGUGCUGCUUUGUUCUUUCGUUUGUGUUUUGGGAUAAUCAUGACCUGUUUUUUGCCAUGGUGGGGAAGAUUAGCUUGAUUGUUGCUUCAUUUGGCAGAUUCAAAGUGAGGCAGAAUGCGAUCUAAGAAAAAAAAAAGCUGAGCAUUUAAAGGGUUAAAGAGCAACUCCAGUGACUUUCAUGAAAAAAAAACAACCCUUCUUAAGCUCUGUUAUUUCUUAUUUUAUUGUUCCAGGCAUUGGCCUUGGAGUCAAGGUGUGUGACGUCAGCUUAUCCAGGGAGCUAGGCUUAUUCAUUCCCACGCUGUCAAAACAUAUAUUUGUGCUGGUCGAUGAGACACAAACAUGCUCGACAAUCCCACACUUUUGUUUUGUUUCAGUGGUUUAACUGUAGUUUCAUUUUUUUUUUUCUUCCUGAAAGCCAUGUGCAGAAGCCGGAAGUCCGCUUGGCGAUUGAGUGUAGCGUAUAGUAGUGUGAAAUUCCUUUUGUAACACAUUUGACAUCAACCAAAGUUCAGCAUCGGGAGCAAGCAGUCAGACAUGAUCCUCGCAGGACAAACAAAAGCUAUGCUCAUUAGCAGCAGAUCGUGGAGGGUUCAGAUGUGGACGGUUGUACACCAACACGUACAGUGGGGUCAGAAAGUCUUAGACUUCUAGUAAAAAAAAAAAUGCUUCUAUUUUGUAAAUGAAUACAAAAAUGAUAUCAUCAGCAAGAAUGUUAGAAACAUUUUUCAAUCCAUGUUAGCUCAAACCCAUCACAGUGGAAGGGAUAAGACAAAAAAUCUUGCAUACAAAAGGAGUUAACAUGGUCAGUAACAGAUUUGCAUGACCUAGUGACCUAGAAAUAGUACAGAAUCAUGAAUAUUCAAGAUAUUACAUUCUUUGUUUGAAAAAUUCUACAAAUUUUGUUCAAAAUAUUCGAUUGUAUUUAUUUCUAAAGCACUUUUAACAAUGAACAUUGUCACAAAACAGUUUUACAAGUCAGAGGCGACAGCGGCAAUGGAAAUCUCCCCGAGAUGACAUCGAGCGGAUCAAAUAUCAAAUAUAAUGUAUGUAAUUGAUUUUUCAAUGUGGUUUCAGACUUUUGGACCCUACUGUACAAAGAGAAAUAAGUGCAGGAGAAGGCGGGAUUGGUCAGAAUUGGGAGCGGCAUUAAAAUAAAACAGUCCACACACACACACACACACACACACACCUCUAGUGCAGGUCAGGCGUUUCUAUUCACACUGCCCACGACUCAUGCGUUCAUUCAUUGGAGCCCGUGAAUUGUCUGUACUGGACCAUCACAUUCUUCACAACAUGCAUUACUGCAGUAUAUAGAACGAGCGUAGCGUGGAUGUUGGGCAGGAAUUGAUGCCCUCCUCACAUCAGGGAGAACAUCAGUUGGUGACAUAGAUGAUGUUUUAAACAAACCAUCAAAACGCUGGAGUUGCUCUUUAUGGACCUUUAUCAUAAUCUCAGUGUUGGCUCUCUAGAAGUAGCAUAGAACCUCAAACGUUGACGAGCGUUGGGUAAUAUUGCAAUUGUAAAAUCAUAUCAAAAGUUUUGAUGAAUUUUCACAGUGCAUGAUGGAUGUAAUAUAAUAUUUUGUUUUGCCAGCAAAAACCAGUAUAGCUACUUAAAGGAAAACUCCACCCUGUAUAACUUGCAUAUUAAUCUUUAUGAUUAACAUGACAUCCAAGUCCCAUGUUUCAUUGACGUGUUGUUCUGUUUUCACUUUAGUUAAUGUUCCUGUGUCAUUGGUGGUGCAGUGGGAUUCAGCCCUUGCUUUAUCUCUACCUAAAGAGAGCGAUGCGGCAGCACUUUAGUCCUUCAGUCUGUCCAGCUCUCUCACCUCCUCAUCUAUACACUCUGUUCAAACUUUCAUGUUAAUACCACCAUUAAUGCCAUCAUGCUCAUCUUCUCAUAGGUCACUAACUGCAUCAUAUAGCUGCAUUGCAUUCUGGAACUUUGAGUCCAACGGUCACGCCAACGUUAUUUUUUUUUGCUGGAUUUCGCUAGAAAAUGGCGAGGAAGAAAAUAAGCUCAUGCUCUUUUGUUUUAAAGAGCAAACAGGAAAACCUGACUGUUAUCACUUAUGGUUGAGAUUUUUGCCCCCCCAUUAAAGUGCGCAAUUGUCCCCCUGUGACAUCAUCCACGGGGAGCUGCUCUCUUCUCACAGGAAUAAUGAAAAUACAGCACCAACCAACAAACUAGCACCAUUCUCAUAUAACGUAUAAGUGUAUCAGGGUGGAGUUUUGCUUUAAAUAUGAACGAUAAAUGUAUUUUUCUUAUUCAAGGAGAAAAAAUGACCGAUAUAUCCAAUCAGCUCCUCGUUUCUGUGCGGAGGUGGUCAGUAUUGGAUCACCGAAUUCGAUCUGGUCUUAGGUUUCAUCCCAAUCAAAGAUUAAUCAUAUGCUUUGUUUCAGUCACCCAAACCUAUCACAUACGCUGCUGAGACGAGUUAGAAAGGAUUAAGAUUUUUACAUUUCCAGCAGCGUCAUGCAUUUCAUCUUUUAAAUUGUGUGUCCUGUGUUUAUGUGUGAACUGAGGGAGGGGAACAGAGGAUGGUUAAACACACAGCGGUGUAAGUGUGCAGUGAAAAAGCAACGUGCUUGCUUAUCUCUACCUUAGAGGAGUUAGAGUUAUCGAUCAUCUCUAUAUAGCUUAUUUUAGGAGAAAAAAAAAAACAGCACAGUAUUUUAAAGAUUUAUAGAAAUAUUUGAGAUUUUUAUGACAUUUAACUGACUUGUGGUGUGCCAAAAAUUGAUGUGAUAUCGGUUAAGAAGCAAUACACACUCUUAAGGGAAACUGUUUGGGGUUUUUUUUUUUUUUAGUUUUGUUUUGAUUUUUGCCAGUAUUCCACGUACAGUAUAUCAAUGCUAUUUCAAUCAAUCAAGAAUUUAUAUAUAGGUCUCAGUGAAAUAGAAAAUAUUUAAAUAUUGAGCUAAUGGCUGUCACUUGCUUCUUUUAGAUCCUGUAAUUAAAAGAUGAAGUUAAAAUUUAGAUUUGUGUGGUGUGAAUAAUUUACAAAAGAGAAAUGGCACACAUCGUGACUUACACAGCGUGACACGUUAAAACUCACCUGUGCACCUUAUUAACCUGAACAUAAUUUCUCCUCAGACGGAAUUACGACCAUAUAAAUCAUGCGUGUGACGUUUUAUCUGAAACAAAGUAGUGAUGCGUCCAAGACGUCUAACCCUAUUACAUUUGGACAUUACUCCUUAUUUGAUUAUAUGCAAAGAAGUGUUGACCGAGGUCAUUUCAUUUAUUUUAGUCUAAAUGAUUAGGAUGAAAAUGAGAAGUUGACAUGGGCAAACUUUUCCUCUAUACUCUACAUUUUUAUAUAUAUAUAUAUAUAAGAAAUAAAUAUACAAAAUGAUUAGUAACAGAUGUGAAUGUGUGUUUGAAGUGGUGCAAGCUGUAGCGGUCAGUAAACCCAUUCAGUGACAUUGGAUGCCGUUGGAUUUAAAGCGCUGAUAAGAAGAUGACCAGAAGUCGUUUGAUUUUUCUGGAGUUGACGUUUUUGCGCAAUUGAAGCCGUUUGGUUGAUUUUGAUCGAAAUUGAACUCGUGUUGUUCUCUGCUGCCCUCUGCUGUUCUUUUUACAUUCACAUGUAAGGAUUUGGCGAGUGAUUUAUCCAGGGACUGCGGAGAGGCUUCAUUUUAGAAAGAGAAAAAGUACAUAGCAAAAGCACUGAGACGUCAUGAAUAAUACGUUUUUGCUACAGAUUGAAUGAGAUUUACAGCAUGCUGCGUCAAAAA